AUGGCAGAUUUCACAGAGCAAACUUUGCGACAGAAGUUAACAAAUUUAUCAAACCACCCUUCCUCAAUUCAGACGACUUCUGCCUGGCUUUUGCAAAAUCAUAGCAAUCGGGAAUUGAUCAUUCGAGUUUGGCUAAAGACAGUAAAGAAAGAAACACACGGCUCAAAAAUUGUAAAUCUUCUUUAUGUGGCGAAUGAUGUAAGCCAAAAUGCGAGAAAGACUUGCCCACAAUUCAAGGACGAAUUUUUUCCCGCAAUAGAAAGUUCUUUCAGGCAUGCAAUCGAGUUGAAAAAUGCAAAAGAAGUGGAACAUGCAAUUGGUAAACUGAUCAAUGUAUGGAAAGAUCGUCAGAUAUUCACUCCAUCACAAUGCAAACGGCUUCAUGAAGUUCAUCAACAAGUUAAGCUAUCUGGAAGCUUCCCAACACCCGCAGUUGCGAACAAGGAACAUGGAAAGGUCGCUCAACCUAGUCAGUUCGUCGUUGAAGAAGCGAAAAAGAAUGCACAAGAUGUUUUGCUCAGUUUGAAGCGCCUUCAAAACCCGCCGAGCACGGAAAGAGAAAUUCGCACAGAACUUUCAAAAUAUCCGGAUAAUAUUUCGUGCCCAGAAAAGUUGCAGUCAGUUCGAAGUUCGCAAGAAGCACAGUCUCUGUUGGUCCAAAAUGAAGAAGCUCUUCCGAUGCUGGAGGAAUAUGUUAAAAGGCUGAAAAACGAGACAAAUGAACGCGAAACUCUCGAAUCGAACUUGAAUAUGCUUAUAGAAAAUGUUAGAAUGAGCAUUGAACAUCACGAGAAAUUGUGCAGAGAAGUUAAGCGUAGAGAAGAUCGAAUCAAGGCAGAUUUGUUAGAGGUUGAAAAAACAUUCGAAUCGUUGCCAGAUUUGGCUGCUGAGAUGCCAAAUGCACCAUUGCCAACACUUGAAGCUUUGUUCGAGAAGAGGAAAAAAUAAGUAUCAUACUACGUCAUAAUUAUAACUUUACGAUCUCAGUAGCUUUUACUGUACCCCCAUUGUUGUAUAAUUUUUGUUCACUUUGAUCUUUUACAAUCGUGAUCACCAUUACCACAUAAGUGCUUUAUACGUUUUUCUUCUGAACCACCUUAAAUGAAUUUAUUUUUUCU